AUGGGAAACUGUUUUGGAUUUCGAAGUGAAAGUUCGUACCUUCUGGAUCAAGAGGCUUACGAAACUCAAGAUGACCAAGAUGAAAGCCCAAGGACAGAUCAGCAUCAAAUGCCUACUUAUCAUAUUAGCCCAGGUUUGCCUAUUCUUGCAUCGGAUUUAACAGAAGAAGAACAAAUAGAAAUUGUUAAACGUAUUCAUAUGAUUCAAUUUCUUCCUUUAACAAAUUAUAUGCCUAUGAAUAAAGAAAAAUUACAAGAAUGUAUUAUAUGUAUGAAUGAUUUAAAACUUGGUGAUGAAGUACGUUAUCUACCAUGUCUACAUACUUAUCAUCGUCUAUGUAUUGAUGAAUGGCUUAUGCGUUCAUUUAGUUGUCCUACAUGUUUGUUAAAUUUAGAACCGGAUACUUCACUGACUACUACUACUACAACAGCGCCAAGAUUGCAAACAAUGAUUUCAUCAGAAAAUACUAUUGUACCACCACCAAUAACAACAUGUGGUUCACCUCCAACAACAACAUACAAUACAACUGAUUUGAUUACAUCAUCAUCACUAUCACCAUCGGUAGAAGUGGCAGUACCUGCUGAAUCGAAUCAUGGAUAA